UGCUGCUCCUGGCCCGCCAGCGCCUCCUGCCGCUGCUCCGGCGCCUGCGGGCCCGCCUGGGCUCCCGGGAGUCCCGCGAGGCGCUGCUUGCCUGCCUGCUCUGCAUCCUCAACCUCCGCAAGAAGGUGGACGACUGAGACCUGCAGCGCCGAGCACCCGCCGCCGCCUCCCCCCCCCCACCUUCCCACUCCCCGUCCCUGGAGGGGCGCUGCCUCUGGCUGGAGGAUGGGGCUCCCUUCUGCCUGGUGACAGCCCCCCCAGCCCUGACAUGGCAGCUGUGUGAGGGGGGGCUCCCCUCGCAAGCCCUGCUGCUGCCCCCCCAGGAGGGCUGGGAGUGAGCUGGGCAGAGCCGAGGAGGAGGAGGCUCUGUGGGGAGCGCUGGGGUCUUCUCGGCCUCUCGAGCGACUUGGACCACAGUCCCUUGCCAUCUCCUCGCCUCUUGGCAGCCACUAGCCCUGGCACUUUGGGGGGCCCCAGGCGGCCAAUGCCAGGGGAAGAUGUCUGGUAGCACGGUGAGGAAGGUCCAGCCCUUCACCAUCAGCACCAAGCUCUCGCUGCCCAAGUGUGCUGCCGACUGCCCCGGGGACCCGUGCCCCGAUGUCACCAUGGCUGCCCUGGAUAACCGCAGCCUGCGCCACAACCUCAACGAGCGCGUCUCCCUCUACCUGGCCCAGACCCAGGCGGCCCCGGGGCCCCCUGAAGGCAGGGUCCAGAGCACCAGCCCCAUGGAGGAAGGGGUCACUGAUGAGGACCGGCUCAACCGCAACUCGCUCGCCCGCUCCAUCAAGAAGAUCACGCUGUCCAACUGGCACGGGGAGCCGGGCCCUGGUGAGGAUGGGGUGGCGGGGGACCCUGCCCAUGCCAGCUGCCAGAGGAACCACAACAACAACAACAGCAGACCAGGGAAAGCUCCCUUCAAGCUUUCAGGAAGCCAUGCAGCUGCUCCCUGGAAGGAGAGCAUCAAGACCAAGGAGCCAGGUGGAAUGGCUUGGCUAAAAACUGGCUUGCGAAACAGCACAGGGCAGGCAAACCCCAACCUGAGCCCUCUCCUCGCUCAGUUCAACCAGGAGAUAAUGCAGGCAGAGAGCUGGGUGCGAGGGAAGCUGCGGGACCUGAAGGACGGCUGUGAAAUCCAGGACUGGGAGCGGGUGGCCCAGACCCUGCAAAGGGACAUGAAGGAUUUUGAGAACACACUGAUCAAACUCAACCAGAUGGGUGAGCAGCUCAUGGGCUGGCCCAGCCCCAGCGUGGAGACUGUCAGGAGGCAGCUGCUGGCCCUGAGGGAACAGUGGCAGCUGCUGAAGCAGACAGCCUCAAAUCAGAGCAAAGCCCUGGGCGGGCUGAGGAGCCUCCAGGAGUUCAACAGGAAAGCUGAGCAGCUGGAAGCCUGGAUCAGGCAGAAGGAAGAGAAGCCCAUGCUGGCUGCCCUCCUGCAGCAGAGCCUGGACAAGAUCCAGCUCACCCGCCGCAUCCUUGACUUAAAGCAGGAGGAGCAGCGGUUCCAUGGCCUGCACGAGGAGAUGAACACCUUGGCCCAGAGACUGGAGAAGCAGGGCAGGAGUGAAAGUAGGAGCAUUUCCGCCCGGCGCAAGCACCUCAACAAAAUGUGGCUGCGGCUCCAGGGGACCCUGAAGGAGCAUCAUGAGACUCUGCAGCUGGCCCUGGAGGCAGCUGCCUUCCUCCAGCAAGCAGACAUGCUCCUUGAAGCCAUCCAUGCCAAGUGGAGGAGCCUCUACGGAGUGGGGAAGCAGGGGGAGGCUGAUCCCAGCCGGGACCAAGAUGUGAGGGACAUCGCCAGCCAGGUGAUGAUGUUGGAUGUGACUGUGUCUCAGCUCAUCAGUCUCCAUCCCAGCCUGGUAACACGCAUCACUCACAAACACAGAGAUGUCAAAGAGAGCUGGGCCCGGCUCCAGCAGGUGCUAAGGAAUGAGAAGUCACCUGUGCAGUCCCUGACAAGCAGCUCUCCAAGGGAAGCCCUGAGUCCUGAGCAGACAGGAGGCAGCAGUGAGGGAGUUGCCAGAAGUGAAGCUGGAGACAAGGAAAAGAGAGUCCCAGGAAAUGAGGUGCAGAAGGAUGUUUCAGGGAGUGUGACAGAGCAUGUAAGAGGCGAGGAAGGCAGUCCAGGCUUGUCUGGAGGGCAUCUCGCCGAGGGGUGCCACAGCAGCAAGAGGAGGAAGCUCCCAGGACACUCGGAUGCUGGCUGGGGUGCGCCUCAGCAGGAGAGCCAGCUGCAGGACUACUGCCAGGCGGCUAACAUGGCCGUAUCCUGGCUGAAGGAGGGUGCAGGGCCUGGCAUCCAGCAGAACCAAGUGGAGGAUGCUGAGAACCUAGAGGCACUGCAGAGCCACCAGAAAAUCCUGGGCAAUAGCACUGGCUUGGAGGCUGUCUGCCAGGAAGGACAGAAGCUGUUGCAUGCCUGCCCCAGGGGAAGCCCUGAAGUAGAAGGUGUCCUCCGGGAGCUGGCGGGGCUGUGGGAGGAGCUGCAGAGGAAGCACCAGGAGAAUGGCGCAGUGCUGAGGGAGAUUGAUAAGGCUUUGCGGCUGGUGGGGGAGCUGGACCGGGCUGAGCACUGGCUGCAGGGGGUGGCGGGCUCACUCUCAGAGCCGGCUGCUAUGAAGAACCCAGAGGAGCUCCGCAGGGACCUGCAGGACAUCGGCAGCCUGGAGAACCAGCUCCUGCUGUGGGGCAUCAGGCUCCAGGCCCUGCGGGAGGAGAUGGGCAGGGAGCCCUCCAUGGGGCACGAGGCUGCUGGGAGGAUUCAAAGGAAGGUGGAGACUGUGGAGGAAAAGCUGAGGUGUGUGCGAGCAGCUCUACGGAGGCGGGCAUCAGACCUGCGCGACUCCCUGGUGCUAUCCGAGUUCCUGCAGAAUGUGCAGCAGGAAGAGGUGCUGAGCCAGAAAAGCUGUGUGCAGCCAGUGACCCACCAACUGGACCCCAAGGAGCCCUUGCACCCCCUGCUGGUGCAGGCUGGGCAGCAGCUGAACAGAGCGGGCAUGACCAGCCCCCUGGGGGAGCUGCAGGAGGCAGUGGAGAUGCUGAAUGAUGCAGUGAAGGAACGGGAGCGGGUCAUGGAGGCAGCGGCAGAGACGGAAAGCCUGGAGCACCUGCUGGCAGAGGUCUCCCUGCAUAUGCAGGCUGUCCGGUGCAGAGCAGAGGCCCUGGCACACGACAUUGCCCAGGCAGAGAGGGGCUUUGCCACAGUGAAGAGUGAGUGGGAUCUGCAGGGGCUGCAGGGUUUGCUAAGCCGGCAACAGGACAUGGAGCGUGAGAUGUCAGAGGCACUGGAGGGGCACCUGAAAGAGCUGCAGAGGGCAGCCUCUCGCUUGGAAAAGCUCUGCACCACUCAGAGGCAUGACCUGGUCCCAGAAGUCCAGGAGACGCUGAAGGCUGGGGAGGGUCUGCUGGCACUCGUGCUGGAAAACAAGGCCCGCAUGGAGCAGGCUGGUCAGCUACGGCAGUUCUUCAGGGAUUACUUGGCUAUGAUCUCCUGGACUGAGGACACGCGGGCUCAGAUCUUCUCAGAAAACCUGAGCACCAAUGGCCUCCUGGAGGCUCAGUGCGAAGAGCUGGAGAGGAAGAUUGAGGACAAGUUCAUGGAGUUUGAGAAGCUGGCAGCAGCAGGCCAGAAGCUGGUCUCUGAGGAGCAUGACCUGAGUGAGACAAUCCAGGAGCGCAUGGAGGAGCUGCAGAGCAUGCUGGGGUGGGUGCUGGUGCGCUGGCGAGCCCAGAAGCACCAGCUGGACCCUGGGAGUAAAAGUGAUGGCGGGAAGGGCCAGGACAGUCCACUGGACUCCACCCAGCAUGCAUUUCCUGGCAGCCAAGACCGACAUGCCCCAUCAGUUCUGCCUGAUGCUAAGAGGUUGCUGGGCCCUAAUGCUUCAAAAGGACCUCAGCCUUCAUCAUGCUCCUUCCUGGAGCCCCUCACUCCCCCACAGGACCUCAAGGCACAGCCCCAGAGGCAGGAGAAAGAAGUGGUGCCUCCUUCAGUACUGCCCAUUCCCAGACGGGAGCUGAGCUGGGAAGGUCCUGGUGACUCCACACCACUGGAGAUAGGAAUCCCCAAGGAGACCCUGGUCGACCCCUCCAAGACCCCAGUGGUGGUGGUGCCACCGCAAGGCACCAGCAGCGUGGGAGGGACAGUCAGCUUGAUCCUGAGCAUUGGCAAGAAAAGGGAUAAGAGGCUACAGCUGGCGCAGGCUGGAGCGGAGCAGGGGGAAGAGGCUCUGCACAAGGUGAGCACUUAUUUGUGUGUGAAGGAGAACGAAGGGGUUGGAUCCGCCACCCACAAGAGCUCCACCAUGCCCCGCCCAGCCAAACAAGCACCUGCAAGAAGCCAUGCCUCCCUGGUUUCAAGCACUGGGGCAGACACUACCUUCCACACCCUGCCCAAAGCCAGCUCCAGCUCUCUUGUGGAUAGCCUGCAGGGGGGCAGGAAGGCAGUGGUGGAAGGUGCCCAGCUACCCUGGCAGCAGAGGCUCCUGACAGCAGAGCCCAGCCAGCUGCAGCCUUGGUUGGAAGAAAAGCACAAUCCCAGUAGCACUUGGCCUCUGAAGUGUGAGAGGAGGAAGAUGGCAGAGAAGGCUUCCAGCCCCAAGCUGAGAGAGCUGGGAGAGGGUCCCCCAGAAAGGGCCAGCAACGCUGAAUGUAGUACCAUUAGGGCUGCAUCUAGUGGCCCCAAAGCUGAAGUCCUGAGCCAGGGCAUGGGUCCCAGCAGCUCGCAGCCAGUCUCAUCAAAGGGCACUUGCCGGCAUCUUUCUCUGGGGUCUGUCCUGAGCCUGGAACUGCCCAAGGACCUUGGUCUCCUCAGGAAUGUCCAAGACUCUAUUAAAAUAGCUGAAAGGAAGAAGGGACAGCAGCCCUGUGGAGUGAUUCAGUGGGAGGUCAAGGGGCCAGAGCAGGAGGUGAAUGGUGCUAGCCUGUCAAAGGAGGUGCUGAGCCAUCAGCUAACCACCUGCCCAAGGCCUGGAGGAUCCAUGGAGCCUUCCAGGAAGGCUCUGAAGAGUGAGCAUGACACUUGGUUUGAAGAAGUGAGCUUCAACCCGGGCUACGACAGGCAGAAGACUCAGAGCGUUGCUGCAGCCCCCUCCCGAGAGGAUGGGCAGAGUCCCCAGGGCCAGAGCAGCUCCAGCAAUGAUUUCCUGGACUCCCAAGUGCACCAGUUGUCCCGCAUCAGCAUGCUGCGUGAACAGGCUGGCUGGGAGUGGAACCAGCUGAAAGCCAUGCUGGAGAAGCCUGGCAGCCCAGGAAGGGUGCAACCUGAGAAGCCAGUGGACCUCAAACCCCAACUCCAGGAAGCCACCAGGGUAGAGCUCAGGCCUUCUCCUACCAAGCUCUCCAGUGGGGCCCUCGCCAGAGGAGAACCACCACAAGGAAGCGGGAAGCUCAAGGAGUGCAAGCUAGAGACUGCCCCUAUGAGCAAGGCUUCUGAGGAAAGCCCUGUGCGACUCCCUGGUGGAGGUACAGACCCAUUCCCCUUGAUUAACCUGGGCCUCAGAGCCACCCCCCAGCUCUCAGUUUUGGAGUAUGAUAUCAGUUACCCACAGCAGAGCCUGGCAUUAGCCUCCACAGGGCCUCAGGACCUGGCUUCUGCUGGACACAUGAUGGGGUUAGGCCUAUCCAAAGAAGCAAAGCCACCAGGCUCAGUAGAGGUUUGCCACCCUGACCAUGAGCUGUUUGAGGAAGAUGAAGAGGAGCUUCAGGCCAUAUGGAGCAGCGUGGAGGGGCACAGCAGGCAGAUUCCCCGAGCAGACCCCAGCAUGUGCCCCACCAUGGGGAAUGGGUCGGACGAGGUGCAGAACCCAGAUGUCUCCAACAGAAAGCUCAUCUUGACAUCAGAGAACAAUGUGCUGGUGGCCAAGUUCACACUCCCUGCCUCUGCCCAGCAACUUUGCAAUCCACAAACAGGAAGAGGCACCAGCAAGGGGCAUAAAACUGAGGGAAGCCCGAGUGGGUUCUGGGCAUCGCUCCCAUCUCAAGAGGGGCUUCACGGGGUGAAGGAGGUUGUGGCAUUGGGCUCAGUGGAGGGCACCGGCCCACAGAACCGGCAGAAGCACCAGGAGGAGGACAGAGACCUUGGCAAGACUCCCCCCAGUAAGAGGGAGUUUCAGAUGAUGGAAGGAGCACUGGAGAGGAAGCAUGUGCUGCAGACAGGAGGCAAAAAGGCAAACUGUCGCACCUGGAGCCUGUUCCACACUGUGCUGAUGAGGCAGACACUGUGCUUCUACCAGGACAGAAAGGACACUCUUAAGAGCUCUGUGGUGGCCCUGCCCCUGAACUUGUCAGGAGCACGCUGCACCCAGGACAUGGAGUAUACAAAAAAGACCAACUGCUUCAGGCUACAGCUGCGGGAUGGCUCUGAGUACCUCCUGAGAGCUCCAUCCCAACCUCUCAUGAAUGAGUGGGUCUCCAAACUGCAGCAGAACUCAGGUUUCCCCGAACUGGAUUAUUUCCAGGCAGCCGUGCAGCCUGCAGAGGGGACCAGCUCCCCAAUCAGCAGCUCCCACCUCCAGGGCCACCAUCAGCCUGUUACAGCCAAGAGCCAAGAGAUCACGCUGCUGCCCAGGUCAAGUGCCAGGAUGCACCUGCCUUUUGGGAAUCGGGAGGACCUACAGGACUCUGCAGCGUUACUGGCCGGAGAUAGUCAGAGAGCCAACAGCCAGAUGACAGGGCACAGGCGGUUCCAGUGGUCACCUACAGGAUCUCCAAGGUCACAGGAUGCCAACUGCCAGGAGGAAGACUAUGCCCUCGUAACCAACAAGAGGAGGUCCUACUCAUUCACCUCAGCCACCUACCAGAAGAUCACGCCAGUGUCAGUACCCAAGGAGCCUUUGGAGCCUGGGAGCAGCUAUUCCAUUACGCUGUACAUUGGGGAGCAGGCCGUGCCCAGGGCUCGCUGUCACUCCUUCGUGGCUAUGCCGGGGAGCCCUCGGAACGUGCUAGUGGAGAGGGGCCAGGGCACCCCCCCUCGCCCCAAGAACAAGUCUGUCUUCAAGAAGUUCUUCGGGAAGAAAGAAUGAGCCCAGGACAGGGGAAUGCAGGCCAGAACUUGCCCAUGUUUCUUCCUGCUGGGCCUGCCAGCUUGUGAACAGGAGCCUUCCUCGCAGGAACUCUCCAAGCACCCACUCACUGCAGGCACCAAACCCACAGGGCUUGCUAGCUCCCUACCCCCAGGGCUGGUGAGAGUGCAGAGGCAGAGGUCUCUGCACUGAUGGGCUCUGCUUACACAGCCUCAGCGGAAAGCUGCACCUCACUUCCCCACAGGAGCAGCUACUGGGAAGGCACGCUAAGCAGGCACUGAGCAUGGCGGGUUGUAGGGGGGGAUGCCCUGCUGUCUUUUUCAGGCCCUUCUCUUGGAGCAUGUAGGGUCAGGUCUCUGUGUGACACUGGAGCUGAUGGAGCCAGAGAGACUCUACCUUGUGCAUAGGGUACCCGGCAGCCUGUUCCCCAAGCACCCCAGUGCACCCACAGUGCAGGGCAGAGUGUGGGGAAGAAUGGGAUUAUUUUUAUUAAAGGCACACAGAACAAUC